CCGGCAGGGCCUGGCUGGGGUCCUCGCCUGUCAUGUACUGCACUCGCACAGCAAGGUUGCGCACGGAGCCCUGGCGGCUGCUGAAGUUGAGGCUGUGCGGGUACACAUACAGCAGGUUCCUGGGGGGACAGGAUGGGGGCGUCAGAGGGACAGGGCCCCUGAAGGUGCACACAUACAAGGCUGGGCUGAUGGAACAAGGCUGGCUGGGAGUACAGACUGUCCAGGGAGAGUGGGUCAUAAGGCUGGGGCAUUGAGGGCCAGGCAGGAGGUAAUACAGGUAUCAGGCAGGAGAUAGGACAGAGGGCAGAGGGUGGGGGACAAGUGAGCACCCUCAAAGCACAGACUGGGGACAGCGUGGUAGAGGGAGGGAAUAGAGGCACAUUGGAGGCACUCAUGGGGCACAGUGAUACACAGAAGGCAAGAGAACAGCGAGGCACUCAGGGCCAGAGUUCCAAGGUGGCUCAUGUGUCCAGUGGUCAAGCCUAAGCCGCACCCAGGGGCCUGACUGCCCUUUCCUCAGGAGGUCACUAGUCAUGAGGCCUAUUUCUCAGGUGGGGAAACUGAGGCCAGAGUCAGAGUCCUGCCUCCUUCCCUCAGGGGCAACUCUGCAAGCCUUGGCCCCUCUCUGGGCCUCAGUUUCCCUGUGUGUAUAAUGGGCACUCCAUUAUACACAGCUGAGCCCUGUGUAAUGAUACUGAUGAUAAAAUAACAACAAUAAUUGCACCAAACACUAUUACUACAAUACAGUAAUUGCACCUACUGUGUGCCAGCCUCUGUUCUAAGCACUCAACAUGAAAUAACCCAUUUACUUCUUACAAGUAGCUCAUGAGGCAGGACUAACAUCACCACCAUUUUACAAGCAGGGAAACUGAGGUACUUGCACAAUCACCCAGGGAGUAAAAUGGCGGUCAGUGGUGAUCCAGGCAUAUGCAGGAUUUGGAUCAGGCUGUGUGACCUUGGGAAAGUCUCUGACACCUGCACCUGCUCCCUUGGCCACGAACCAGGCCAAUAAAAGCCACCCCCCACUCACAGUGUGGCAAAUGUGUGGGAGGGGAACAAGAGCAGAUAUUGUAAUGGCAGUUGGAACAGCUCUGGGCAAACCAUCAGUACUUAUAAAUUCUUUACCAUUAUGACCAUCAUCAUUGCGAAGCCUAUUCAUAGGUGGAGAAACAGGCUCAGCAUGGUGAGUCUCAGGAACUCCCAGCAGGGUCUGGAGCCCGUUCUCUCCCAGUGCCCCUCACCCACACCUGGCCCUGAGCCCCAGGAAGCGUGAUCCCAGCAUGGCCCAGCCGGACAUUCGCCUGAUGCAACUGUCGCACCACCGCCAGGCCCUUGUGCAAUGCGGGGCACCCAGCUGGCCAGUUAACGAUUGACUGGGGAUUGGUGGGGUGUGGGGCAUAAAAGGCAUCGGUGGCAGUGCUGUGGCUACAAACUCAGACCGUCCGUCAUGCCAGUGCUCGCUCUGUGCCUCCUGUGGGCCCUGGCAAUUGUAGCCCGGCCUGCCUCAGUGGCCCCUGGGGGUGGCACAGAAUUGGCACGCCAUGAGGAGCUGACCCUGCUCUUCCACGGGACCCUGCAGCUAGGCCAGGCCCUCAAUGGUGUGUACAGGACCACGGAGACACGGCUGGCCAAGGCCAGGAGCAACCUGGGUCUCUAUGGCCGCACAGUGGAACUCCUGGGACAGGAGAUCAGCCAGGGCCGGGAGGCAGCCCAGGAACUUCGAGCAAGCCUGUUGGAGACUCAGAAGGAGGAGGACAUUCUGCAGCUGCAUGCAGAGGCCACCGCUGAGGUGCUGGGGGAGGUGGCCCAGGCACAGAAGGUUCUACAAGACAGGGUGCGGCAACUAGAAGUCCAGCUGAGGAGCGCCUGGCUGGGGCAUGCCUAUGAGGAACUGGAGGCCUUAAAGGCUCAUGCCGACAAGCAGAGCCACAUCCUGUGGGCCCUCGCAGGCCACAUGCAGCGGCAGAGGCGGGAGAUGGUGGCACAGCAGCACCGGCUGCGACAGAUCCACGAGAGACUCCACACAGCGGCGCUCCCAGCCUGAACCAGCCUGGAUGGAACUGAGGACCAGUCAUGCUGCAAUGGACACUGCCGUGCCCCAUGAGGCCCCUCUGCAGGGAGGAGCUGCCUGUCCACUGCAAUCAGCCAGGGCGCCGGGCCCCACUUCUGAGCAGAGCAGAGACGGACGUGGGCGGGGACAAAGGCGGAGGACGUAGUCCCAUUGCGGAGGGGUGGAGGAAAGAUGUGUACCCUUUCAUGCCUAUACACCCCUCAUUAAAGCAGAGUCGUGGCAUCUCA